UGGCCGGAGCCGGUUGCCAAGGCGACGCCUGCAAAGAUGGCUGCUGCGUCUUCGUCGGAUUCCGACAGCGGCAGAGCUGAGAGCAAUGAGGCCAGUUCGAAAUGGCUGGACGCACACUACGACCCCAUGGCCAACAUCCACACCUUUUCCUCCUGCCUGGCGCUGGCAGAUUUGCAUGGGGAUGGGGAGUACAAGCUGGUUGUGGGGGACCUUGGCCCCAGUGGGCAGCAUCCCCGCCUGAAGGUGCUCAAAGGACCCACAGUGCUGACCGAAAGUCCCUUACCUGCACUGCCAGCUGCCGCCGCCACCUUCCUCAUGGAGCAGCACGAGCCCCGGACACCAGCUCUCGCACUCGCUUCAGGCCCUUGUGUGUACGUGUAUAAGAAUCUUAGGCCCUACUUCAAGUUCAGCCUGCCCCAGUUGCCUCCAAACCCCCUGGAACAAGAUCUCUGGAACCAGGCCAAGGAGGACCGGAUUGACCCCUUGACCCUGAAGGAGAUGCUGGAAGGCAUCCGGGAGAAGGCAGAGGUGCCUUUGUCUGUGCAGUCACUCAGGUUUUUACAGCUGGAGCUGAGUGAAAUGGAGGCAUUUGUGAGCCAGCACAAGUCCAGGUCCAUCAAGCGGCAGACAGUCAUCACAACCAUGACCACGUUAAAGAAGAACCUGGCUGACGAGGAUGCUGUGUCCUGCCUGGUGCUGGGCACUGAGAACAAGGAGCUCCUGGUGCUGGACCCGGAGGCCUUCACCAUUUUGGCCAAGAUGAGCCUACCCAGUGUGCCCGUCUUCCUGGAGGUUUCUGGCCAGUUCGAUGUAGAGUUCCGGCUUGCCGCUGCCUGCCGCAACGGGAACGUCUAUAUCCUGAGAAGAGACUCCAAGCACCCCAAGUACUGCAUCGAGCUGAGUGCCCAGCCUGUGGGGCUUGUCCGGGUACACAAGGUCCUGGUGGUGGGCAGCACCCAAGAGAGCCUGCAUGGCUUCACCCACAAGGGUAAGAAGCUGUGGACAGUGCAGAUGCCAGCAGCCAUCUUGACCAUGAACCUCCUGGAGCAGCGCUCGCGGGGCCUGCAGGCCGUCAUGGCUGGGCUGGCCAAUGGAGAAGUCCGCAUUUACCAUGAUAAGGCCCUGCUCAAUGUCAUCCGCACCCCGGAUGCGGUGACCAGCCUUUGCUUUGGCCGCUACGGGCGGGAGGAUAACACCCUCAUCAUCACUACUCGGGGCGGUGGCCUGAUCAUCAAGAUCCUGAAGCGUACAGCAGUGUUUGUGGAAGCAGGAGGUGUGGUGGGCCCCCCACCAGCCCAGGCGAUGAAACUCAGUGUGCCCCGAAAGACCCGGCUUUAUGUGGAUCAGACACUGCGAGAGCGGGAGGCUGGCACCGCCAUGCACCGGACCUUCCAGACCGACCUCUACCUGUUGCGCCUCCAGGCCGCCCGUGCCUACGUGCGGGCCCUCGAGUCCAGCCUGAACCCUGUGUCUGUGAUGGCCCGGGAGCCCCUCAAGCUGCACGCUGUGGCCCAGAAACCAAGCCGCAGAGUGGGCCAUACUCUCCAGCUCCUUUGGCCCGUGCCGUGCCUCAGACAAGCCCCCAGAUCUCGGGCAGGGCACGCAAGGAGUCGCCUUGGGACGUUUCUUCCCAGGACUGGAGGGGCUCUCACAGCUAUGGUUCAGGGCCUGGGCCCCACCUUUAAGCUCACACUUCACCUGCAGAACACCUCAGCAGCCCGACCCAUCCUGGGGCUCCUGGUCUGCUUCCUGUACAACGAGGUGCUCUAUGCCCUGCCCCGGGCCUUCUUCAAGGUCCCCUUGCUGGUGCCAGGACUCAUCUACCCCCUGGAGACCUUUGUGGAGAGUCUCAGUGACAAGGGCAUCUCAGACAUUAUCAAGGUGCUCGUGCUUCGUGAAGGCCAGAGCGCACCCCUGCUGAGCGCCCAUAUCAACAUGCCUGUGAGCGAGGGGCUGGCAGCUGCCUGACCCCCGGACUGGUGUUGAAGCCCCUGCGGAAUCAGGACCAGGAAGAUCCAGCCCUUUGCAGUGAGCUGGGCAGAGCCAGUGGCCCCAGGCCCAUUCCCCGAGCAGCAGUGUGUUGGGGCUACAGUUUCCUUCUCCUCUCCUCUAAGUGUCUCCUUUCUCACCACCCUGACUGCUGGGUGACCUAUAGAAGCAGGUCAGUGAGGUUCAGCUCCUUCCCCCUCAGGAAAUCACAGGGGACUUCUCUGCAUCCUCCCCACUUUUCUCCAGAAAUCACACCAGGUCCGAAGGAAGCUCUCUGAAGUGGUUAAUAUGUGAUGAGGGGCAUAGGCCCAGCCUUCUCCUUUGCUGCUUUCCUUUGUUACUUUACUCGUGUGUGGCUGCAGGCCCGGGCCAGAAUUGGCUAUGGCCUGACCUGGGGCAAUCAGAGGCUUUUCUUGGGCAAGACUGAGCCCCCUGUUGCUGCCUGGGGUUCCAGAGGCUUGGCUGAUGCUAGCUCAGCUUACAGGCAAAACACAUGCUCUGAUCUCUCCUUGUGAGCUAAACAAGGGACCCCCUCUUGCUAUUCAGGGGGCCCAGGGAAUAGCUGCCUCCCCACAGGGGGCUUUCCUGAAAUUUGGGCUCCACCAAGGUCUCAGGCCUGUGAUGCUCCAUGAAGGUUGCCAGGAGAGGAACUGGUGCAGGAAGGCAUAGAGUGCCCGUGCAGGGAGCUCGUGACCCCCGCCCCCCCCCCCCGACUUCUGAAGACCACACAGCUUCUGCCCCUCACUUGGAUUUUAUGCCCAGAAAGGGCGUCCCCGGAGAGGAAGGCUCAGUUAGAGCAGAGGUGGGGCUAGGGUGCACAGGAGAGGUGUUUCUGGAAUCCUGGGGAAGUGGCACAGGAAGCACAAGCCCGGAACAGCUCCU